AUGGUAUCUGAAGAGAAGAUCCAACAAUGGAAGGCCACCAAAAUUAUUGGUAUAAUUGGUCUGGGCGAUAUGGGCUUACUGUACGCCAAUAGGUUUUCCGAUGCCGGAUGGAAAGUCAUAUGCUGUGAUAGAGAAGAGUUGUAUGGUGAAUUAAAAGAAAGGCAUGCCUUUGCAAAAUUUGAAUUAGUAAAAAAUGGACAUUUAGUGUCUAGAAAAAGCGACUAUAUCAUUUACAGUGUUGAAGCAUCCAAUAUUAAUAAAAUUGUCGCGAUGUAUGGACCAUCUUCGAAAGUUGGUACGAUUGUGGGAGGUCAAACAAGUUGUAAACUGCCUGAAAUCGAGGCCUUCGAACAGCAUUUACCCAAAGAUUGCGAUAUUAUUACCGUGCAUUCUCUUCACGGGCCCAAAGUUGAUACCGAAGGUCAACCGUUAGUUAUUAUCAAUCAUAGGUCACAGUAUCCCGAAUCUUUUGAUUUCGUUAACUCAGUUAUGUCAUGUCUGAAAAGUAAGCAGGUUUACUUGACAUAUGAAGAGCACGAUAAGAUUACUGCUGAUACACAGGCUGUGACGCAUGCUGCUUUUCUAAGCAUGGGGGCUGCCUGGGCAAAAAUAAAGAUUUAUCCCUGGACUCUGGGCAUAAACAAAUGGUACGGUGGUCUAGAAAAUGUGAAGGUUAAUAUAUCUUUAAGAAUAUACUCUAAUAAGUGGCAUGUUUACGCAGGAUUAGCCAUAACGAACCCAAGCGCGCACCAACAAAUCCUUCAAUAUGCCACAAGUGCAACGGAGUUAUUUAGUUUGAUGAUAGACAACAAAGAGCAAGAACUAACUGAAAGAUUAUUGAAAGCUAAAAAAUUUGUGUUCGGAAAGCACACUGGUCUCUUAUUGUUGGAUGAUACAAUUUUGGAGAAAUAUUCGCUAUCCAAAAACACUGUUAGUGAUGACACUAAUUCCAAGCCAUUACCAAAUUCGCAUUUAUCAUUGUUAGCGAUUGUUGAUUCGUGGUACCAACUUGGUAUUGAUCCAUACGAUCAUAUGAUUUGUUCAACGCCUCUCUUCAGAAUCUUUCUAGGCGUGUCGGAAUAUCUUUUCUUGACGCCAGGUCUAUUAGAACAGACAAUCGAUGCAGCUAUCCAUGACAAAUCGUUUAUAAAAGAUGACUUGGAAUUUGUUGUUUCAGCUAGAGAAUGGAGUUCCGUUGUCUCUUUUGCGAACUUUGAGCUAUACAAGAAGCAAUUUCAAAGUGUGCAAAAGUUUUUCGAGCCGAUGCUUCCAGAGGCUAAUCGUAUUGGUAACGAGAUGAUAAAGACCAUCCUGAGCCAUUCUAAGGGACCUUCAGCUGGGGAAAAAAAUAUAUGA